UUGGAUGAUAGCAUCAUAUAUUGCCGGGCGGUUCCCCAUGCCUCAAUUCGGGAGCAGAUUAUCGAAGGUCUCCGAAAUACAAAAACGGAUUUACUGGUCAUAACGGAUGAUCGCACGUACCCUGGCCCAAUGCUGGUGAAUCAACUGGCUACGUUCCUUUCUGAUCCUGCUAUUGGGGGGGUUACUGUUCCACGGGAAAUAACACCUGCUCCAGGGAAACGUCUCAGCGGUUGGGAAGCUUUCGGCGCGCUGAAUCAAGUCCGACGCCGGAUUCUGCACUCCGCUUUAGCUUACUACCACGACGGUCAAGUGUUGAAUCUUGCUGGCGGGCUUACGGGCGCAAGAACGUCCAUCCUGCAAUCGGACGCGUAUUACAACGAGCUCCGAACCGAGACCUGGCUUGGACGUUACAAACUCGUUACUGGAGAGGAUAACACCUGCACGCGGUUCAUGGUUCAGCGCGGCUGGAAGACUGGGUUUUUGAAUGGCGAUGAGGCGCGGGUUUUUGCAGGUGUAUCACCAGAUUCGAAAUAUCUGAAGCAGGUAAAGAGAUGGUCCCGAGACACAGCGCGCUCGUAUUUGAAAGACGUACAUUUUGCGCUCAAAUCUGGGGUACGCAGAGCAUACGUCUACGCCUUUCUGAACAUUGUGGCUAACUACGCCUCUGACGCCGCCGUUCUUUUUGAGCUUGGCUAUCUCCUGGUCUAUACGGUCCACUCUGUUGCUUAUAGCAAGAGCGAGGGUUGCACUUCAUCCCUCGUGCUCGAACAUCUCGCCAUAGCCAGCGCAUUGACAGUGCUGGAACACAUGCCCUAUUUCACAAGACCAGCACAUUCAAUACACAUUCCUGGAGCAAUCCUCUACAUGUACAUCCAUGCAUUGAUCGUCCUAUAUUCCUGCCUCACACUGCACAAGGUA